UGUGACCGCAUCUCACAGUGCGGGCGGAGUGCACCAGUAGCCAUGGCGAGAAACCUGAUCCUCUGCUGCUGCCUCGUGGCCGUUGUUGCAGUUUCUGUGAAAGCCGAUGACAAGCUGGACAAAGUGAACGUGGACGAGAUCCUCAACAACGACCGCCUCCUGAAAUCCUACAUCCAGUGCAUGCUCGAUGCAGACGACGGAAAGUGCACCACUGAGGGCAAGGAGAUCAAAAGCAGGGUGCCAAAAUUGGUGUCAACGGGUUGCAACGACUGCACGCCUAGCCAGCUGGAGAGAGCUGUCAAGGUCCUGAAGCACAUCACAGAGAGGUACCCUGCAGAGUGGACGAAGCUGAAGGCCAAGUACGACCCCACGGGCGAGUACACCAAGAAGUAUGCUGAGGCCUGGAAGGAGCGGGGCGUCAAUUUCUGAUCGCCGCACAAGAAAGACUCAGCUCUCAGCUGUCACCAUCGUCGUACACAAUUCAACAGUAACUCCUGUCUCUUUCCAGGAACUUUCAGUGACCGUAAAUUCAUCUGACAACUUCAUCCAAUUUUGUCACUCAACGCACUUUCUUAACUUUCACUCGUUCACAGUAUUCCAAAAAUUAUCAUAUGAAAUAAAUGUUUAUUGUUAAA